GUGUAACUGCCUUUCGUCCGCAUUGUCAAGUUCACUCUCUGUCAAGUUCAUAGACUAGGCGCUUGAAAACAUAUAAGGAACUGAAACAAGGCUUCUAUUCAGCCUCAGGAAUGGGACUCUGGCCCUCAACCCAAAUCCCAGUUGAAGGAGAAGGGUCCACAGAAGAGUGGAUAAACAAUAUGUUACCAGGAAUCGGCAUAGGAAAACAGAAAUUGAAUAAAGCCCGGGAAGGAGAGAGCGAGGAGAGAGACAAAGGAACUACUGGGGAUACAGAGUCCGCAGAUAAGGAAAUGAACAAUAUGUUACCAGGAAGCAUCAAAGGGAAAGGGGAAGCUAAUAAAGCCCAGAAAGAAGGAGAGGAGAGAGACAAAAAAACGAAUGGGGAUACGUGGGAGGGUCUUGCUCAGGUCAUUCUGAAGGUGAGCGUGGAGGGGAUCCCACAGCAGCCUUCAGAUGGAGUCAAGAUGAAAGAUUCAGGAAGCACAGCGGGUAGCAAGAGAAUCAAUAAGGCUGUAGGAAAGACAGGGCAUAAGAGCAGUCCAGGAGACACACAAAAAGGCAUCAAAGACAGAAGUCUUGACAAAAAGGGAAUAAAUAAAGCCCGGGAAGGAGAGAGCAAGGAGAGAGACAAAGGAACUACUGGGGAUACAGAGUCCGCAGAUAAGGAAAUGAACAAUAUGUUACCAGGAAGCAUCAAAAGGACAGGGGAAGCGAAUAAAGCCCAGAAAGAAGGAGUGGAGAGAGACAAAAAAACGAAUGGGUAUACGUGGGAGGGUCUUGCUCAGGUCAUUCUGAAGGUGAGCGUGGAGGGGAUCCCACAGCAGCCUUCAGAUGGAGUCAAGAUGAAAGAUUCAGGAGGCACAGCGGGUAGCAAGAGAAUCAAUAAGGCAGUAGGAAAGACAGGGCAUAAGAGCAGUCCAGGAGACACACAAAAAGGCAUCAAAGACAGAAGUCUUGACAAAAAGGGAAGAGACACAAAAGAAGAGGAAACAGAAAUUGAUACACAAGGUGGAAAUACAGAACCAGGUCACCCAAUAACAACAGUCAAAGGAAAAAGUAGGCAUGAGGCAUUAGUGGCAGACAGCCACAGUGCAGCAGCAGUUGACAGAACAGAUGAACUUAAUCCAAAAGACUUCCUUUACCUGCUGAAAUUGCUGGAUAUCACGCUUCCAGGGGGGGUCCUCAAUCCUGAAGUUAUCAAAGAAUCACAAAAAAAUACGUCCAUUAAACAUGCCGGAUCAAUCAUCACUGCGCUGGAACAUUUUGAAAUCCAGUUCUGCAAUAUACCACGAUUGGGUAGUAGGGAAGUGCAGAGAGCUUUAAAUCUGAAGAGUGGCAAUGAUGUGCGUGAGCUCACAAAUAUAAUUUUCUUCAAGGUCAUUAAAGAACAGAAAAAAAGAGAGGAACUGGAGGAGAUUUGGAAGAUGAACUCAACAUGCACAGGCAAGGGGUUCAGGAUGCGGGACAAGUAUACAAGGGACAAAAUCAGCACACCUAAAUUUCACACCAAAUACAUCACUAGGGCCUUUGAUAAUUUAGAGAUUGGGAACGACUUGCCAACAGUGACACGCGGUACGAGAGUGCAAACACAAACUCUGGAGAAAAUGACAUUCUUAAAAGAGUCCUUUGACCAGCGCUUUGGGGGUCAUGGUAAGAAUACGGAUGAGAUGGAGUGCCUGAAGUUCUUCCAUGAGCUGGGCAUGAUUAGUCCUGGUGAGGAGGAAGUAAAGUAUACCAGAGGCAACCAAGUGAAUUAUGGCUUCCUCAAAGGAAUAUUGGACUUCUUAGUAGAAAUUUGCAGCAAAGGACAAGGGAAAGCAAAUAAAGCCCAGAAAGAAGAGCAUGAGGAGAGAAACAAGAGAUUUGUGAUUGAGUGCAAAAGCACCUCUGGUGACAUGGUGGGGAGGUUCUUCAACAGACCUCAAAAUGACGAGUGUCUGGCUCAGCUGAUUGAAAACCAUGAGUACUGCUUGCAGACCCAAACUUAUAUGUACAUCCUGAACAAAGCUGAUGCGCUGCAAGGAAAGUCUCUCUCACAGAAAGCUGUGAUGGUUAUCAGAGAAUAUCAUGGGAGACGUGAGGAACCAAUCUUUUACUGGAACUAUCUCCAGUUGGACAACAGUAUCCACAGUGACAUUGAUGAACUGCGGGCUUACUGCCAGAGGGAUGUGUUGGCUUGUUUCCUGGCAGUGUUAAAUCUAAUCUUCCAGAAGGAAAAGAAGGUUGUGAACACUUGAUUCUUGAACUUGCUUAGCCUACCUAGUUUUGCCUGUGCCUGCCUGAUUUUGACUUCGCUUGUUGGAUUACAUUUUUGGAUUGUUCACCCUGCCUAUUAGAUCAUCUGUGUUUUGACCUUGCGUCUUUGCAUGUUCUGUAGAUUGUGGACUUUGUACCAUUGCUGAUAGUUUAGUUAUAAUUUGCUUAUCAUUAAUGCAAGUAAACAAACCAGCCAUAAAAAAAGUGCACUUCCGAAGUGUUACAGUCAUACCAGGCUCACCACCAGCCAUACCCAUGCCCCUCUCUCCACCAGCCACACUCACUUCUUAAUCUCCUCUCUCUCAUGUAGCUCUCCCUUCUGGUCUCACCCCCAGUCUACUGAUCACCUAUCCUGGAACAUCCAGACCUUGGUAAUCCUUCAGAUUAAGGGUCUGGCCACAAAUGAUAUUAUGGCCCAAUUCGAUCGGCGACACCAAGCAAGCAUUUGAACAUCUCACUGCACGGAGUGGAUAACACUACGACCAAUGUACUCUGACUGAUUCCGGACUUCGACACAAUUGGACAACACUACGACCAAUGUUUACUCUGACUGAUUUCGGACUUCGACACAAUUGGAUAACACCAAUUUUACUGACUUUGAAAGUUGCAGCGCUGUCGUCAUCAGUUAAGCUCGUCUCUGGCCCGCCUACAGUAUUUCAGAUACACCGAUGUGAUUGGUAUCCCCCGAUGCCUUGGGUAAAAGUAACAUGCAUCAUUGCUCCUUGAUCUUGCAGACACAAUUCAAAUUGUGCUCUCGGAAGAACUCUGGAUUUCUAGGUCAACUUUAAAGUCCUACUUGGUGUGGAAAAAAUCUCCCCAAAGACUGACCUUUACCUGGAAUCUUUCCUGAGAGUUAAGUUUGAACUUUGUUCUUGUAGGAAACAUAGGAAAGUCUGUGUGACAGCUUGGAGAGACAGCUGACUGGAGGGAAUAGUCCCCACUGGGGCUGUCUUGGGCUAGCUACCCAUGGCGGAAGUCUCAGACGCUGCUUCAGUUUGUUGGGGACACCCACCACAUGCUACAGAAAUUGAACAAAGGAACAUACUCCUAGAGUCUAUGAGAGCAAGGGCGCAAGAUGGCUCAACGACUAACAACAUGGCUACAGACCCAGGAACGGACACGACUACAAGCAAGAACACCAUACAUGAAACAACCACAGCAGCUUCUGGACACUCACUUCAGGUGUACACCUGUAGGUGAAAAUAACAUCAUUCACGGGACCCACCAAGGAAAGAGAGGGUGCUUGAGAGAGCAGAGACAAGGGCCUCGCAUUGACCAGUGCUUCUUACGAAGCAACCAGUCAAAUCAGUCAAUUGAAGCACAGUGGCGGGACAAAAAACAAUGUUUUCAGAGUAUCAGCACCCCUGUCACUGAGAAGGAUAAUGCACCCAACCACAGAGACCGCCCAAGGAGGAAAAUCUCAAAGGGCACAGACAAAGUGCUCACCGCCUUCUCAACGGUGAGGGGAAAAUCUUCUUUAGCAUGACAGCACAGGUUAUCCACCUACAGUACCUGGAGAAAAGCAAGUACGUUGAUACAUGUGUACAGAAGGCCGGUAUUCCUGGGUUUGUCUGCCUUGCAGCAUAUACCAGUAUGAUCUGUAUGAUCCGAUCAUGUAGCCUCAGUAGCCAGGUCGGAAAAUCAGGACCUACUUGACUCAAGAUGCUUUUCCAAAUUCAAGACUAACACUUGCCUACAAAGUACUCUCCGGCUCUGCUACCACCUAUUUGAAUGCCCUCAUACAGGCAUAUGCUACCACACAACCGCUGUGCUCCUCAGCUGAGCGACGUCUAGCCCUUCCACCAGCACGCUAAGGCCAAUCCAAACUUUUCUCAUCUGUCGUUCCUCGUUGGUGGAACGCACUACCUGUUCCUAUUAGAGUAGGGACAUCCCUCGCCAUCUUCAAAAAAUGUCUGAAAACCCAGCUCUUCAGAGAACAUCUCCUCUCAUAGCACUACUACAGACAAUUACACUCAUUAGCCAGGUUUCCAUCCAAGGCGUUUUAGCGAGAAAAUAUUUUAGCGCUUUUAUUUUUUACCGAUAUAGCUGAUGGAAACGCUAAUUAUCGAUAGAAUUUUGCAAAUGUCGACAGAAUAUUUUUCCGCUUAACUUUAGCGCAUUAACACCAUAUCGAUUCUUCAAAUGUCGCAAAAAUUAGAUUGGAAACACUUUUUGUCGAGAAAAAAGGCUUUAUCGCACAUUCAUGUAUCCCAUGAUGCAUUAUCAUCACGUUGAAAUAACACAAAUAUCGCGAGCAGUUCGCAUGGACAGAUGAGGAGACCCGCCGGUAUUUCCUCAAUUUAAUUGAGGAAAAUUAUAUCACAGCUAUUUUUGAUAGAAAACGGCAUAGGAAUGCUACAACAUUUGUAACACUGAAAUUACUGUUAGCUGGCAAAUUUAAAAAAACUGUCUGACUAAUCUCUCCAUUUUUGUUUGUUUGUGGAAGGGGGUGUCACGUGGAAAGUAAAAGGUAGCUAAUUUGCGACAUACCCAAAAUUCUGUAUGGAAACGGCUCAAAGGCAGAUUUUUUUGGCGAUACACCAAGACUUAUGCGACAGUUCGUUUUAGGGGUGUGUGAUGUCAUCACGCACAGCAUUUUAUCGACAGAAAGCCAGUUGGAUGGAAAUAGGCUGGAGACAGCAAAUAUCGCACAAUUUUUUUCACGCAUAUUCUGUUUGUCGAUAACAAAAUGUCGCAAAAACUGGAUGGAAACUUGGUUACUGAUGCACUUAUUACACUCAUUGAUGCGCUUAUUGUGGUUUUUAAAUUGUUUAAAUUGAAUUGCUCUUAAAAGCUUAAAUGUUUUUACCAUGUUGUAAGUCGCUUUGGUUAAAAAGCAUCAGCCAAAUGUAAUGUAAUGUAAUGAUUGAUCUGGCACCAGAUCCAGAUGGCAAAGAAAGACAAAAGAGACAUCAAUGUCAUCUUCCUUGACCUGGUCAACGCCUUUGGAUCAAUUCCCCAUAACCUCCUCUGGGAAUCCUUCAACUUCUUCCACAUUCCAACAUCUGUCGCUAGUCUUGUAAAAGCCUACUUCAAAGACCUGUAACUGUGACUCUCAACAGCCGACUUUACAAACAUCAUGGCAGCAAGUAGAAGUAGGCAUCUUGGCAGGCUGUACAAUCUCACCCCUGGCCUUCACAACAGUCAUGGAGAUCAUCAUCAGGGCCUCAAGAUGGGUGGUGGGGGGUGAGAAAAUUAAGGACAGGAUCUGCCUUCCAUCUAUCUGACCAUACAUGGAUGACAUGAGGAAGGUGAUAGUAGUUGUUAAUUGAUUGAUUGUCCAAUGAAUGUGCUCCCGAUUAUGGGGAUUCCUCUCAGGUGUAUGUGUCAUGUGAUCUGUGGGCUUCGCCAUUUAAACCAGGGGGUCAGGAUUUGACUGAUUAGCUUCGCCAAUUAGCAAGGCACUUUCUCGUCGCCAUUUUCCAGAAAUACAUCAUGUCCGGUGCCGUUUUCCCUGCGUUUUCCUCAUGCUGAUUGGUGGUUGUUCCACUCUCAGCUCAUGCACGAGCUUAGUGUGGGCACGAGCUCUCGUUCUGUACUUUACGUCAGUCAGUAACCUGGGGCCCGUUGCACAAAAGUAGAAUUAAGACAUCCGGGAUAAGUUACUGAGCCGCGAUCACUGAAUCCUAAACAAGAGCAUACCGGCUGAAUUGGUUGCACAAAGACCAAUCCAGGAUGAGCAGACACGGAUUCAUCAAGCCAGGUGUAAGUUAUCCGGUGUAUGUGCGCGUUCUCGUUUCUCCCCCAAUAACUCGCGGUUGGAAUAAAAAAGACGCGAAAAAUAGCGUCUUGCACACAAAGUAAACAACCGCUUUUGAUAUAGACUAACAACGAGGUAAAGUUUUACUUUUUUGGAUGGGGGAUCAUGAUUAUUUCUGUUACAUAGCGGGAGUAGGUGUGGCAGAUCAACUGAAUGCAAAUUUACGUAUGCACCCACGUGUGUGAGAGCUUCCUUGUCUCGGCACGCAACGUCAUUAGGAAGCGCUUUGCCACCGCAAAGAUGCACAAAGUAUCUUGAUUUGUCUUAAAAGCCGAAUUAGUUCA